CUCCCCGCAGCUGCUCCCCGAGUCCCCUGGAGUCCCCUGGAGAGUCUGGCCUGCGUCCUCCCAGAGCAGCACUGGAGAGUCUCUUCGUGGCUCUCCGGGGGCUUCGCUGCUGCUGCUGCUGCUGCUGACUUCUCUCCUUCUUGGUCUGGCCUGGGCCUGGCCCCGCGCCCCCACCGGCAGGAUGGCUCAGUCCAAGGCCAACGGCUCCCACUACGCACUGACCGCCAUCGGCCUGGGGAUGCUGGUCCUGGGGGUCAUCAUGGCCAUGUGGAACCUGGUGCCCGGGUUCAGUGCUGCUGAGAAGCCGACGGCGCAGGGGAACAAGACCGAGGUGGGCAGCGGCGUCCUCAAGAGCAAGACCUUCUCCGUGGCCUACGUGCUGGUCGGGGCUGGGGUGAUGCUGCUGCUGCUGUCCAUCUGCCUGAGCAUCCGGGACAAGCGGAAGCAGAGGCAGAACGAGGAGCUGGCCCGAGUCCAGCACCAGACGGGGGCAGUGCCGCGCGCCCAGGAGGAAGACAGCCAGGAGGAGGAGGAGGAGGAGGAGGACGACGAGGCGGCCUCCUCCAGGUACUACGUCCCCAGCUACGAGGAGGUGAUGCAGGCGCACUACCCAGAGGGCCCCGAGCUGCAGCGGAGCCCGAGGAUGAGCGUCUCCCUCCCGUCCUACGAGUCCCUGACCGGGCUGGACGACACCACCCCCACCAGGGCCGAGGUGGAGGCCAGCGCGGGGCCGCCGCCCGCCAGGCAGAACUCCAGACUGGCCAAGCGCCUGAAGCCCCUGAAGGUUCGGAGGAUCAAAUCCGAAAAGCUGCACCUCAAAGACUUUAGGAUCAACCUCCCGGACAAAAAUGUCCCUCCCCCGUCCAUCGAGCCCUUGACUCCCCCGCCACAGUACGACGAGGUCCAGGAGAAGGCCGCCGACGCCCGGCCGCCCGACUGAACGGGGCCGCGUCCCUCCUGGCUCACCCUGAGCCACAGACUGAGACGCAGCCGCUUCGCCCGGGCUGAGAAGCCCAGGGGCCACUGUGCCCUCGGCCAUUUGGAUGGGGGUCCGAGUCCCGGGAGCGGUGGCUGGCGCUCCUCAGAGCUCGCGCGGCAGGUGCAUCUGGAAGAGGUGCUGCCCUGGCGCUGGUGGCCCUCUGGACCACGCCGAGAGGGGCGGCGGGGCCUCUGCCCUGCCCUUCCCCCACUCUGGGUCGUGGGCGACAUGCUCCUUAUUUUUUUUUUUUUUUGAGUCAGAGAAAGAUGCCUGGCGACGGUCCCACACGGUGGCUGUGCUUCUGCGUUGACUGCUUUGUUUCAGAAGAGCAGCAGGUUUGGCAUCUGCUCUCUUCCCUCGAGUCCUGAGCCGGGGGUGCACCUGGCCAGCUUCCCCAGAAGGACCCGGGCUGUUUGAUGACGGGGGCGAUGGUGGUUGGCGGGCGGCCCCGGGGGUGGCUCUCUCAGGCCCCAUGCUGUUGGUGUUUUGAURGCCCAGGGCCUGAGGAGCUUCAGCACCUGCUGCGGAAGACCGCGGCCUUAUUUGGYGCCGUCUGCCAGCCUCUCCUGUGUGUGGCUCAAGAGGGAAGSCGUCCUGUGCGAUUCCCUCUGACGWGUGGCACGCUGAGCUUUUUGUAAUAAAC